AUGCCGCAGGAGCUGAAGAGAAUGAGGCAAGCAGAAGGAGGCAAGCAGAAGGAGGCAAGCAGAAGGAGGCAAGCAGAAGGAGGCAAGGAGAAGGAGGCAAGCAGAAGGAGGCAAGCAGAAGGAGGCAAGGAGAAGGAGGCAAGGAGAAGGAGGCAAGGAGAAGGAGGCAAGGAGAAGGAGGCAAGGAGAAGGAGGCAAGGAGAAGGAGGCAAGGAGAAGGAGGCAAGGAGAAGGAGGCAAGGAGAAGGAGGCAAGGAGAAGGAGGCAAGGAGAAGGAGGCAAGGAGAAGGAGGCAAGGAGAAGGAGGCAAGGAGAAGGAGGCAAGGAGAAGGAGGCAAGGAGAAGGAGGCAAGGAGAAGGAGGCAAGGAGAAGGAGGCAAGGAGAAGGAGGCAAGGAGAAGGAGGCAAGGAGAAGGAGGCAAGGAGAAGGAGGCAAGGAGAAGGAGGCAAGGAGAAGGAGGCAAGGAGAAGGAGGCAAGGAGAAGGAGGCAAGGAGAAGGAGGCAAGGAGAAGGAGGCAAGGAGAAGGAGGCAAGGAGAAGGAGGCAAGGAGAAGGAGGCAAGGAGAAGGAGGCAAGGAGAAGGAGGCAAGGAGAAGGAGGCAAGGAGAAGAAGGCAAGGAGAAGAAGGCAAGGAGAAGAAGGCAAGGAGAAGAAGGCAAGGAGAAGAAGGCAAGGAGAAGAAGGCAAGGAGAAGAAGGCAAGGAGAAGAAGGCAAGGAGAAGAAGGCAAUGAGAAGAAGAGUUGUGGACCCCCUGGGGGGAGGAGAAGAAGGCAAGGAGACAGAAGGCAAGGAGACAGAAGGCAAGGAGACAGAAGGCAAGGAGACAGAAGGCAAGGAGACAGAAGGCAAGGAGACAGAAGGCAAGGAGACAGAAGGCAAGGAGACAGAAGGCAAGGAGACAGAAGGCAAGGAGACAGAAGGCAAGGAGACAGAAGGCAAGGAGACAGAAGGCAAGGAGACAGAAGGCAAGGAGACAGAAGGCAAGGAGACAGAAGGCAAGGAGACAGAAGGCAAGGAGACAGAAGGCAAGGAGACAGAAGGCAAGGAGACAGAAGGCAAGGAGACAGAAGGCAAGGAGACAGAAGGCAAGGAGACAGAAGGCAAGGAGACAGAAGGCAAGGAGACAGAAGGCAAGGAGACAGAAGGCAAGGAGACAGAAGGCAAGGAGACAGAAGGCAAGGAGACAGAAGGCAAGGAGACAGAAGGCAAGGAGACAGAAGGCAAGGAGACAGAAGGCAAGGAGACAGAAGGCAAGGAGACAGAAGGCAAGGAGACAGAAGGCAAGGAGACAGAAGGCAAGGAGACAGAAGGCAAGGAGACAGAAGGCAAGGAGACAGAAGGCAAGGAGACAGAAGGCAAGGAGACAGAAGGCAAGGAGACAGAAGGCAAGGAGACAGAAGGCAAGGAGACAGAAGGCAAGGAGACAGAAGGCAAGGAGACAGAAGGCAAGGAGACAGAAGGCAAGGAGACAGAAGGCAAGGAGACAGAAGGCAAGGAGACAGAAGGCAAGGAGACAGAAGGCAAGGAGACAGAAGGCAAGGAGACAGAAGGCAAGGAGACAGAAGGCAAGGAGACAGAAGGCAAGGAGAAGAAGGCAAGGAGACAGAAGGCAAUGAGAAGAAGGCAAGGAGACAGAAGGCAAUGA